AUGAAAAAAAUACCUCAACAAGACCAUCCUCCGGAUACGGAAGGGAGUAAUUUGCUUGCUGACAGGAUUUUUGUGUUAGAGAGAGCAAUUGAAACCUACCAAAAGGAAAACAAUAAUCUCCGUGACUAUCUUCAACAACUUGUAAAUAUAUGUAAUGGUCACCCGUUAUUGAAUAAUAAUAAUAAUAAUCCCAUCAAACCUGUAAAUAAUAAUCUGAUCAAUACCCAACCAUCAGAAAAUGAAAAUCUAUUUAUUACUAGAAAUCCAGUAAAUGUUAGAAAUCUACCAACUAGUAGAAAUUUAAUUAAUGGUGGAAAUUUCUUGACUGAGACAGUUCAAAUAUGCGAUAGUAAUCCUAAAAAUAGAACUGUCAGUUAUGCUGAUAUUACAAGAUUAGCUCCUAUUAAAGCUCAGCCAUCUAUUAAGAAAACAAUAGCAAAACAAAAAUCAACAACUAAUAAGAUGAAAAGAAAUAUGGCAACUAAUACUAGACCUAACAAACGUAAAUCGAGAGUAUAUUAA